UUUCAUUAUUUCACAGUUGGCAGUAGUGUGUUAAGUUGAACAUUAUGAAUAUGAAAAGGAAGAUCAUCAGCUGCAUCUUGACUUUGAAGUGUCUGUGAAAAGUGCAAAUAAACUUGCUAGAUAACGUGAAAUUUCCUAUGAUAGUUGGCUAAUGUAACAUGGCCGCCUGAAGACGAUUGCAUUUCAUGUCUUUUGUUGUGUAAAAUUGUAUCUUAUAAACAGAAAUGGAGUUGCGAGUCGGUAACAAAUAUAGGCUCGGCCGAAAAAUAGGUUCGGGAUCCUUUGGAGAUAUUUAUUUGGGAACUAAUAUAUCCACCGGAGAAGAAGUAGCCAUCAAAUUAGAAUGUAUAAAAACGAGACAUCCACAGCUGCACAUAGAAUCAAAAUUUUACAAAAUGAUGCAGGGCGGAGUCUUGCGCUAUGGACCUCUAUCCAUUUGCAACUUCCAUUUAUUCUAUACAAAUAACGUUUAAUUUCAUCCAAAUUAUUACUUUUUCAGCAAAUUUCCU